AUGGAUCCUAAAUUGUGCAUUGCUGCUGAAUCCAACAACAUUGAUGUUCUGGUGCAAAACAAGGAAAAACUUGUGGAAUUGACUCCACACCACAAUACUGUUCUCCACAUUACAUCCCAACAGGGUCACACAGAAUGUGUAUCGAAGAUCCUAUCAAUGCAUCCAUCGCUAUUACAUUGCGUGAAUUCAAGUGGCGAGUCUACACUUCAUCUUGCUGCAAGGAAUGGAAAGAAAGACGUAGUCAUGGCACUCAUUCGAUUUGCAGCAUCAGAUGGUGGUGCAGGGCUUGAAAGUGGAUUGCAUGUGGUUGAGAUUUUAACAAAAGAAGAUCAGGAGUAUUCAUAUACUGCCAAUAAAGCCGAGGAGACCCCACUUUAUAUUGCUGUAGAGAGGGGAUAUUUUAACUUGAUUGAAGUGAUCUUGGAAUCAUGCACAUCACCAGCUUAUGAUGGCCCAAGUGGUAGUACAGCUUUACACGCCGUUGUACUCUCCAAAACCAGAGUCAAAUUGUUGAAUUGGAAGAACUCUCUAGUCAAGAAAAGGGAUGAAAAAGGAUUGAGUCCGCUGCAUUAUGCUGCAUUGAGUGGAUUUUCUUGUAGGACAUCCCAGCUAUUAGAUGUAGAUAAUUCCGUUGCAUACAUUUCAGACAAUGACAGCAAUAUAGCUCUUCAUAUAGCAGAAAAAAGGAAGGCCAUAGUCAAAUAUAUCUUACAAAACAGUAGAGCAAUCAGCACUCUCAUAACACAGAAAGACAUUGCUGGCAACACACCUCUCCAUUUCUUAGCCGCUUCUCUCAUAAGGCAUCCUAUGGCGGAUAAGAAGGCCUUAAACAAGGAAAAGUUUACUCCGUUGGACAUGAUAAACUGA